AGGAAAGAGAAGAAUAAAUGUGUUUAAUGUGUCACCACCAUGCUCCAGACUGAGUAAACCUGCACGGAGAAGCUCCACCCACCUGCUCUCAAGUCUACUGUCCACACUUUGCUUCCCUGAAUGCAAUGGCCAAGCAUGACCCGAACACCCCACUUCCUCCCUACUACUCUGUUGCUCUGCACACGCAGCCACCCCUCAAUCCUUAUGAAAAUGUACAGUAUGGCUUGGGUCCAGGUGUGACACCCCUCAGCCAGCCACAUUACAUCCCCCGGUAUCCACCAGCCGUGGUUGCUCCCCAAGUCUCACAGCCUAACAUAAGUCCAAAGACGAAAAAGGGAUGCUGUGAGAAUAACAAAAAGUGGAUUGGCUUGACAGUGGCAGUCUUACUGUUGCUUGCUCUGCUGGGAAUAGCCAUUUGGAUUGGAGUUGAGUUUGGCACCAGGAAUGCAAUGUCAGUGAUUCACUAUGAUGACAGUGACAACGAUGAUCUGAAAAUUGGAAUUGCAAGUUUGCCCAAGGACACCUGCCCCAGCAAUACUGUCCAGUGUGAUGGAAAAAAGGACUGCCAACAUGGCACUGACGAAGCAUACUGUGUGAGGUUUGGUGAGGAAAACUGUCUGCAGGUCAAGACAUCUAAAGGUGGCCGCUUCCUACCAGUGUGUUAUGAAGGCUGGGAUGACAGUGAAGCCACCCAGAUCUGCAAGCGGCUAGGAUUCAGAAAUGCCUAUAUGAGUGGUACAAUUCAAUCAGAUUCCAUGGGUUUAAAACUGAGCAACCACACAACAUCUUCUCCUAUCCAGGCUCGUGUAAAUGUCAGUCUUUCCUGUCCAAACCAGCAGACUGUCUCCCUGCAGUGCUUGGACUGUGGUAAGCAGCAGUCCACAUCCCGGAUCAUUGGGGGCACCAUAGCUAAGAUAGGUUCGUGGCCUUGGCAGUUGUCACUCCAGUUCAGAGGAUCCCAUGUCUGUGGAGGAGUCCUGAUCUCUCCAGAUUUUGUGCUGUCUGCUGCCCACUGUUUCCCAAGUGACAACAUUGCAGCUCUCUCUCCUACCAACUGGAAAGUAUACGGUGGAAUGGUGUCCCUGAACAGCUUGCCUGAGCCCUACCUUGUUGAGAAGAUAAUACUUGAUGAGAACUAUAAUAAGACAACAAACGACCAAGAUGUUGCUCUUCUCAAACUUAAAUCUCCAGUUACUUUCAACGAUAAAGUUCAGCCUGCUUGUCUGCCAGCAUUUGACCAGAAUUUUGCUCAUGGAACCCAGUGCUGGACCUCAGGUUUUGGCACCACUCAGGCAGGCUCAGGUGUUGUCUCCAAAGAUCUGAUGGAAGUGACGGUGGACAUCAUUGAUACACGGGUGUGUAACAGUCGUGAUGUGUAUGAAGGCCUAGUGACCGAUAAUAUGAUCUGCGCUGGAAAACUUGAAGGAGGAAAAGACUCCUGUCAGGGUGACAGCGGUGGACCUCUGGUGUGUCAAGGAAAGAGCAGGUUUUACCUGGUGGGGAUCACCAGCUGGGGAGCUGGAUGUGGUGGUAAAAACAAGCCUGGGGUUUACACCAAAGUCAGUCGUGUUCUGCCCUGGAUUUACACAAGCAUGCAUAGAGCAAUGGAGUGAUGUCACUUUGCCUCCUUCUGGUGUUCUCCUCCCAAUCAAGUGAGCACCAUGAAGAUGUCUCAGAAGUUGCCUUGGAGGCUGGCUUGAGAGAGUAGCAACAUGACAAAAAUGAUGACCACAUAAAUUCUUUAAUGGUAUUCUGCAUCAUUUGUAUUGAUCUCAGGUCACAUGGAUUUUAUGUGUUUUACAGUAACCACAUUUAUACAAGUUAAUCAAUGCACUGACUUCAAUCUUGCGGUCUUGAUUUUAUUCCUUUGUUGUUCACAGUGUACUAAAGCCUACCUUUACUUAAACUGAGCUUUAAAAGCAGAUGGCCCUUUUUUUAAAUUACGUGUUCUGUUUCAAUGAAACAUGGUCAGUGCUCUACUUUAAUCUCCUUAAUUGGUUUGUGAUUUUGUGAUUGAUGCUCUUUAAGUAUGAGUAUUAUGAAGGUGCCCCCCCCGACACAACAUUAACUAUUGUGUACCAUAUUAAAAUUGAGACACUUUUCGCAUUCUCUCUGUGAAGUACAUCCCUGAGUCGGUCACUAAGCGGUGCGCCUAAAAC